CUUUGGUCAGUCAGACGACAGAACUUCCGGUCGGCAUUUUGUUCUACGAGAGGAGAGCCUCUUGAUGAUCGCAAAAUCCGUCAUAUUUCUCUUUUACGGUCGAAAUUGGCUGCAAACGUUGUUUAUGUCGGCACAGACCGGCUAAAACGCAGAAGAACGAAUGUUUCCCCAUGAAUGUACGUUGAGACGUUCACCCUUGAGAGACGGAAGAAGAACGAAUCGGUCCGACCCGGAUUAUUGUUGAUAGCUGUAGCAAGCUAGCUCAUCGGCUAGCAGGGGAGCCAAGUCGAGUUCCUUCUGGAGGAGCUGCGAAGAGAAGAAAGGGGGAGCUAGAGAUACGGACACAAACCAAGCUAAAACAUUCCCCUCCCUUUCAACGCAACAUCAUAAGGUAAAUACAACUAAAUGACUGCUUUUUGUUUAUACCACCAUACAGUUUUAUAUUUGUUCAAAUAAAGCUAUGAAGUGUUCUUCUGCAAGACCACCUACGGCGUCGUUAAUCGGUGACCGGGAGGCAACGGAAGCUAGUGAACUAGCGAGCCGAGCUAGCUCGGUGUGUUUUUGCUUUGCUCGGCCUCAACUGGACGUCAUUUGUCGAGCCUGAAGAUUGGGCCGUUGCCACCGAAUUGCAAUCCCUGCAGUUACCCGUACAUGUACUCCCUCUCAAACCCAUCACUUUUUCCCCUCCUUUUUUUUGCAACCCUAAUAGAAAUUAGCUUGCAUUCGUUUCCCCCCCACCAACGCUUCCUUGUAUUAUUGCAUUUGGUUUGUCUUUAUUUGAACAAGGAGUAUAAUUAAAACCCAACUGAAAACAGUUAGCGCUAAUUAGCAUAACUAGCUAGCUGUUAAAAUACGACUACUGUUGUUAGCAAAUGUUGGACUGCUGUCUGUAGUAAUUUUAGCUCAGCUGUAGCUUCUGGGUUAGCUCGAAAGAUCCGAGUGGUGAAGAAGUUCUCGGUUGAUCGUGUUUGGAAGUGAGUUGUAGCUUCGCAGUUCAGCUAACCAUUAACGUUGAAAUAGGCGCUGAAUGAUAAUUGAACAGCCGGAUUGCUAAUAAUAUAGAUAUCUUUCUCCCAACAUCUUAUGUUUUUAUUUUUUUCGUUUUCAGCAGUUUUUUAGUAAAUGCAUUAUUGGUAUUGCAAUGCUUUUUGCAACAGUUUUGACUGAGCAGAGCCCACUCUGCCUCAGCUUGGCUUUAUUUACAUGAGUUCAAUUGACGCGUUACUUUAACUAAGAAUUAGAAAUCGUUUUUUUAGCUAAUCGGUUUGCAAGAGGCGUGUGUAUGGUGGCUGUCUGCUUCUGGAGGAUGCAGCCCCCCCACGACUGCCGCCACCAUCACAGUGCAUCUGUUCCUUUGUGCUGCCUCCUGCCUGUCAGUCUCACAGCUGUCAGCCUAGAGCCAAGCCCCCGUGUGCACAGGAGCACCACACAGCAGCAGAGCAUGCUAACGACACCGCUUGCUAAUGUACUGUGUUUACAUUAUCCAUCUGUUGAUCCUACGCGAGUUUGCUCGUGCAAAAUAAGUUGAUCGGGUGUGCAAGCUCAAAUUUCUAUAAUGUCUGGUAGGUUCGGUUGUGUGCUGAAGUCCGGAACAAGCGUUUGCAGUUUCUGUAAAGUCACAAGCAAAUGUGUAAAAAAAAAAACGGUGCAUGCUUUUUCCAUCCAGUUGUGAAAACAGGGUCAUUGCAAAGAUGGCAGCAUGUGGGCAGGUGCUUAAUGUGAAACUGACAUUAUUUAGCUGUUUUGUGUAUUUGUUUGCAUCUUAUUGCAAAGAGUGUUUUGCUGCAACAUCUGACACAAAUCUGUUUUUUUUUUUAUUAUAGCAGAUUGAAAGUGUAAUACUAUCUGAAAUGUCAGUGAGUCCACCGGAGACUGCACACCAUUCUUCAAAAAGGUGCCAUGAGAUGUGAGGACGGGUGUCAUCCAUCGACCCCUUGAUCUACCUGUGUAUCAACACACACCCCCACCCUCACCUUCAGCAUGAAUGGGGAUAUGCCUCAUGUUCCCAUCACCACUCUUGCUGGGAUUGCUAGUCUCACUGACUUGUUGAACCAGCUGCCCCUCCCUUCUCCUCUACCUGCCACCACCACUAAGAGCCUCCUGUUCAACGGGCGGAUUGCGGAGGACGUCAGUCGUCUGCUGGACUGUCGAGAUGAGACCUUGGCCUCCCAGUUAGCCCACAGCCUCAACCAGGUGUCCACGGAGCACAUAGAACUGAAGGACAACCUGGGUAGCGAUGAACCGGAGGGAGAUGCACCACUGCUGCUGCAGACCCUGCUGGCCAGAAACCCUGGCAUCUUCAGGGAGAAAAAUGUUAUGCAGCAGCCAAUGGUACCAUCAUUUAAGAUCAACCAAAACUCCAUGCACAGCCCUGCUCAGUCUGCAAACUUUCAGCCAGCUGCAAUUUCUCCCAACCCAUCAAGCCGGUUUGUGGUGUCGCAGACUGGUUCUAGUGGUCGGUACUUGGGCCAGAACAGCCCAGUACCCAGCCCCUACACUCCCCAGAGUCCUGCCCCUGGUUACAUACAGCCGUAUUCCCACCAACAGCCACCCAGUUACAACCAGCCCCCACAGCUACAAGCGUCUGUUGUGAGCCCGAUGGUGCCUGGCGGGAUACGAAACAUCCACGAGGACAAAGGAUGUGGGCAGAUGUCCGGCGCUCCCAACCACCACCCAGACAGACACGGUACCGAGGACUACCUGAACAUGGUGCAGCGGCUGGGUAGCGAGGAGGGCGAUUCCACCAUGAGGAAUCCUCCUUUCCCUCUAAGAUCUCCUCAGUCGGGCUGUUCUCCCGCGUCGAGUGAGGGAACACCUAAACCAGGGUCACGCCCACCCCUGAUUCUCCAGUCACCGCCUCCUUACGCGGCUUCGCCGAGGGAAGGAGGACCUGACCAGAAGCAGCAUCUCCAGCAAAGGAAGAAAACUCCUACUGUAAAAGAAGAGAAGGAUCUGUAUGACAUCGUUAGCUCUCCAAACAAAGACUCUACCAAACUCACGCUCAAACUGUCCAGGGUUAAGUCAAACGAAUCCGAUCCACCUGACGAUGGCGGGCCUGGUAUGGAUCAGAACUCGGACAACAUUGAGGCAGAACUGGGCUUUCAGCAUGUUCCAGUUGUCCAGCAAAACCUUGCAGCCCGGCAGCAGCAGGUCUUCCAGCAGCCCAUUGGUGCCGGUGGCCUCCAACCUCCCAGUUCACCGUACGAUGAGGCAGAGCUUGAUGCUCUUGCUGAAAUUGAAAGGAUAGAACGAGAAGCAGCUAGUGAGAAAUGUUCUAAGGAGGUGCAAGAUAAAGACAAGCCACUGAAGAAAAGGAAACAGGACUCUUUUCCUCUGGAGCCGGGUGCAGGGGGACCAGGGGGUCCCACAGGUGCCCCAGGCAGUGGAUCAACAGGAGGGGGCAAUGCAGGCAAACUGACGCCACAAGAGGCCACUGCAGCUGGAAACGGUGCCAGUCGCCCUCCCCUCAUGGUGAGCAUCGAUCUCCAGCAGGCAAGCAGAGCUGAUGGCCAGCUCGACCCCUGUUUGGCUGCCCCUAUACCUGCCCUUGAGGCCCAGCGUUGGCCCGAGGAACCGGCUAGCGGACCGGCAGCAGUGGAGGGUUCUGACACAGCUUUACGGUUGAAACCAGACGGAAGACCAGAAGUCAUCAAAAACAGUGUUGACAAACACGACAGCAGAAGAGAAGGUCGGGAGUCAUCCAAGCAUCGACAUCACGAGAAGUCCUCAGACAGACGCGGAGAGGCACCAAAGUCAUCGAGUCGAGGGGAGCACGGGCGAGACAGGGACCGCGAAUCUGAGAGAGAUAGAAGGCAUCGGAGCGAGGCCGGCAGCCGAGACAGACGGUCGCCUGACUCCCGCUCCCGAUCUGGAGAUCCUGGUUGGAGCAGCAGUAGACAAGAUGGCUCCAAACUGGCCUCGUCUGCUGCUGGUGCUAAAAUUCCAGAUUCUUUUCCUGCUCAGCUUCUGGGAGGACAUACUGGAGCCCUGAAGAACUUUCAGAUCCCUAAGCUCAACCGUGACAGGGAUAGCAGCGGGUCAACGGAAGGUCAAAUGUGGGAGCAGCCCAAGGUCAAACUGGAGAGACUGGGUCUGGUGAAGGACUUUGAGAAGCGGCCGAAGCCUAUAGUGGUUCUAAAGAAGCUCUCGGUUGACCAGAUUCAGAGGAUCAUUCGGCACAGCAAGUCUGGGAAAAAUAGGUUUUCCUCAGGAAGAUCCGGCAAAAGCGGUAUGGACCCGUCAGUUCUGAAAGAGCUUCCUCCAGAGCUGCUGGCGGAGAUUGAGUCAACGAUGCCUUUGUGUGAACGGGUAAAGAUGAACAAGAGGAAACGCAGCACUGUAAACGAGAAGCCCAAAUACGCGGAGGUCAGCUCAGACGAAGACUUUGACGCAAACGGAGAGUCGGCAAGGAAGCGUCACCGGCGAAACAAAGACAGAACCUGGGAGUUUGAGGAAAGAGAUCGACGGGGAUCAGGGGGUCACCAGAAAAGUGGGAAUCGAGACGGCCGACGAGGCUCGGGAAGCCGCUACCGCGAUUCCUCUGAUGAAGAUUCACCACCUCCCAGCAUGAGUGAAAUUGCCCGAAAAAUGAAGAUGAAGGAGAAGCAAAAGAAACGGAAAGCUUAUGAACCCAAGUUGACCCAGGAAGAGCUAAUGGACUCGUCCACAUUCAAACGGUUCUCAGCAAGCAUCGACAACAUCCUUGAGAAUCUGGAGGAUGUGGAUUUUACCGCCAUGGCGGCAGAUGAUGACGAGAUACCUCAGGAACUACUGCUUGGCAAACACCAGUUGAAUGAGCUGGGCAGUGAGUCAGCCAAAAUCAAGGCCAUGAACAUCACAAGCAGGAUCCCAUCAGACAAGUUAGUGAAGCUCCUGAACAUCCUAGAGAAGAACAUUCAAGACGGAUCCAAGCUCACUACGAUGAUGAACCACGACCAAGAUGCUGAGGAUGAGGAGCGGCUUUGGAGAGACUUGAUCAUGGAGAGAGUCACAAAGUCUGCUGAUGCCUGUCUGACGGCUCUCAACAUCAUGACCUCAACACGCAUGCCAAAGGCUGUCUACAUAGAAGAUGUCAUAGAGCGGGUGUUACAGUACACCAAGUUCCACCUUCAGAAUACGCUGUAUCCACAGUAUGAUCCUGUCUACAGGGUGGAUCCACAUGGAGGUGGCAUGUUGAGCUCUAGGGCAAAACGUGCAAAAUGCUCCACCCAUAAGCAGCGCGUCAUCGUGAUGUUGUACAACAAAGUGUGUGACAUCGUCAGCAACAUCUCAGAGCUUCUGGAAAUCCAGCUCCUCACAGACACAACCAUCCUCCAGGUGUCCUCCAUGGGUAUCACUCCGUUUUUUGUGGAGAAUGUGAGCGAGCUGCAGUUGUGUGCCAUUAAGCUCGUCACAGCGGUGUUCUCGCGUUAUGAGAAGCAUCGGCAGCUUAUCUUGGAGGAGAUCUUUACCUCUUUAGCAAGACUUCCUACCAGCAAACGCUCUCUUAGAAACUUCAGACUGAACAGCUCAGACCAGGAUGGAGAACCCAUGUACAUCCAGAUGGUGACUGCUCUGGUGCUCCAGCUGAUCCAGUGUGUGGUCCAUCUCCCCAACGACAAGGAUGUUUUUGAAGAGUAUGAUUCGAAGGUGGAUCAGGAUGUCUUGAUAACCAACUCGUACGAGACUGCAAUGAGAACAGCACAAAACUUCCUCUCAGUCUUCCUCAAAAAGUGUGGCAGCAAGCAGGGAGAAGAAGAUUAUCGGCCAUUAUUUGAGAACUUUGUCCAGGACCUCCUGUCAACUGUAAAUAAACCAGAGUGGCCUGCUGCAGAGCUGCUGCUCAGUCUGCUCGGUAGACUGCUGGUGCACCAGUUCAGUAACAAACAGACAGAAAUGGCUCUGAGAGUUGCAUCGCUAGACUACCUUGGCACAGUGGCGGCUCGUCUAAGGAAGGAUGCAGUCACAAGCAAGAUGGACCAGAGAUCCAUCGAUCGUAUCCUGCAAGAGUUUCCAGGCAGUGACGAGACCCAGCAGCUGCAGAAGGCUCUGCUGGACUAUCUGGAGGAGAACGCUGAGACAGACCCCUCACUUGUGUUUUCUAGAAAGUUUUACGUUGCCCAGUGGUUUCGCGAUGCUACGACAGAGGCCGAGAAGUCCAUGAGGAACCAGAACCCGAAGGACGAGGACUCGUCAGAUGGACCGCAGCACGCUAAAGAGAUGGAGACCACCGGUGAGAUAAUGCAGCGUGCAGAGAAGCGCAAGAAGUUUCUGCGCAACAUAAUCAAGACGACGCCGACUCAUUUCACCACACUAAAAUUGAACUCCGAUACUGUGGACUAUGACGACUCCUGUCUGAUUGUGCGUUAUUUGGCCUCCAUGAGGCCGUUUGCCCAGAGCUUUGAUAUUUAUUUAACACAGAUCUUGCGAGUUCUUGGGGAAAGUGCCAUCGCUGUGAGGACUAAAGCCAUGAAGUGUCUGUCUGAGGUUGUCGCGGUAGACCCCAGCAUCCUGGCAAGGUCCGACAUGCAGAGAGGCGUUCAUGGGCGUCUGAUGGACAACUCCACCAGUGUGCGAGAGGCAGCUGUGGAGCUGCUGGGCAGGUUUGUGCUCAGCAGACCCCAGCUGACAGAGCAGUACUACGACAUGCUCAUUGAGAGGAUUCUGGACACCGGCAUCAGCGUGAGAAAGCGGGUGAUCAAGAUUCUCAGAGACAUCUGUCUGGAGCAGCCGACCUUCAGUAAGGUCACUGAGAUGUGUGUGAAGAUGAUCCGUAGGGUCAAUGACGAGGAAGGCAUCAAGAAACUGGUGAAUGAGACAUUCCAGAAGUUGUGGUUUACUCCGACUCCAGCUCAUGACAAAGAGACUAUGACCAGAAAGAUUCUCAACAUCACUGAUGUCGUGGCAGCAUGUCGAGACACUGGCUAUGACUGGUUUGAACAGCUUCUCCAGAACCUUCUUAAGUCAGAAGAAGAUGCUUCAUAUAAGCCAGCUAAAAAGGCUUGUGUUCAACUAGUCGACAACCUGGUGGAACACAUCCUCAAAUAUGAAGAGUCUCUUGCAGAAAACAAAGGGGUAAACUCGACGCGGCUGGUGUCGUGCAUCACCACCUUGUACUUGUUUAGCAAGAUCCGAGCCCAGCUCAUGGUCAAACAUGCCAUGACCAUGCAGCCCUACCUGACCACAAAGUGCAACACUGCCAACGACUUCAUGGUUAUUUGUAACGUGGCAAAGAUCCUGGAGCUUGUGGUGCCUCUGAUGGAGCACCCGAGUGAAACGUUCCUUGCCACGAUUGAAGAAGACCUCAUGAAACUCAUCUUUAAAUAUGGCAUGACGGUGGUCCAGCACUGCGUCAGCUGUCUGGGAGCGGUUGUAAACAAAGUCACACACAACCACAAGUUUGUGUGGGCUUGCUUCAACAAAUUCUACGGUGCCCUUAACAAACUCAAGAUUCAGCAUCAAGAGGAUCCUAACAGCACAACAUUGGUAGCAAACAAACCUUUUCUGCUGCGGUCUCUGUUCACCGUGGGUGCCCUGGCUCGACACUUUGAUUUUGAUCAGGAAGAGUUUAAAGGUCCCAACAAGGUUAUUAUCAAGGAGAAAGUUCUAGAGCUGCUGCUAUACUUCACCAAACACGAGGAAGAGGAGGUCAAGACCAAAGCCAUCAUUGGCUUAGGUUUCCUUGUGAUCAUGCAUCCCAGCCAGAUGUUUGUGCCUGAGGUGAAGUCCUUGUACAAUGGCAUCCUGGCUGACAGCGCCUCCACAAUCAACCUCAAAAUUCAGAUCCUCAAAAACCUCCAGACAUAUCUCCAGGAGGAAGACACGCGGAUGCAGGAAGCAGACAGAGAGUGGAAGAAACUGUCCAAACAAGAGGAUCUGAAAGAGAUGGGAGACAUUUCUUCAGGGAUGAGCAGCUCCAUUAUGCAGCUUUAUCUGAAACAGGUGUUGGAGGCAUUCUUUCACAACCAGUCCGGCGUACGGCACUUUGCUCUCAACGUCAUCGCUCUCACACUCAACCAGGGUCUCAUCCAUCCCGUUCAGUGUGUACCCUACCUCAUUGCUAUGGGGACUGACCCGGAGCCCAGCAUGAGAAACAAAGCUGACCAACAGCUGGUUGAGAUCGACAAGAAAUACACAGGUUUCAUCCAUAUGAAGGCGGUCGCUGGGAUGAAGAUGUCCUACAGUUUGCAGCAAGCCAUUGCUUCAUCUCGCAGAGCCAUAAUAAGAGGCUUCAGACAGGAUGAGACCCACUCGGCGCUCUGCUCCCACCUCUACUCGAUGAUCCGGGGGAACAGGCAGCAUCGGAGGGCUUUUCUCAUCUCUUUACUGAACCUCUUUGACGACAGUGCUAAGAUAGAAGUGAACAUGCUGCUGUUUAUCGCAGACAACCUGGCUUGUUUUCCAUACCAGAGUCAGGAAGAGCCUCUCUUCAUCAUGCACCACAUAGACAUCACACUCUCUGUAUCUGGCAGCAACCUGUUACAAACCUUCAGAGAGCUUCUUCUAAAGGAGCCGAGGCGCAAGGAAAAGAAGGUGAAGCAGUGGAAAAACGUGUCUGAUGGGGAAGAUGAAGAGGAAAAGACGAACUGUGACUUUCCCAGAAGUGAUGAUGAAGAAAACGGCAACAAUGAGGACAAUGAAAAUGAUGAUGAGGAGGAUGUUGUACGACGGCCAAAGAAGAUGAGGAAAGCUGUUAGAGACUCCGACAGCUCUGAGUCUGAAUCUGAUCUGGAUGAUUUGGACGUGGAGGAUGUGGACAAAGUAAUGAGGCUGAUUCCAGACAAUCCCACUGGUCUUUUGGACUUUGCCAACGCUGUUCAGGGAAUUCUACUUCUGCUUGUGCUCAAACAACAUCUAAAGAACCAAUAUGGCUUCUCUGACAGUAAAAUCCAGAAGUACUCUCCCACCGAGUCAGCCAAGGUGUACGACAAGGCCGUGAACAGAAAAAGCAACAUUAACUUCAACCCACGACAAACCAUGGACUUCAUCUCAAACAACAUGGCCAACGCCUCCCUGAGUGAGGAUGUGAAACGGCGGAUAGUCAGGCAGUACCUUGAUUUCAAGAUCCUGAUGGAACAUCUGGAUCCAGAUGAAGAGGAUGAGGAGGGAGAAGCAUCUGCCAGCGCCAACAUCAGAAACAAAGCCAUAAACGCCCUAUUAGGAGGCCCCGGCCCCUUGUCGGGACCUAGUCCGCGCAAUCAGGCAGGACCAGAAACUGAUGAUGAUGAUAGCGACAUUGACGAAAGAACCCCAGGGUCUUCUCGGAAGUCGAGGCGAGCGGGUGAUUCCUCGGAUCCAGGCCGAAUGAGUGAGACGGUGGACGCCAUGGACGUGAUCGCUCUCUGCUGCCCCAAAUACAAAGACCGACCGCAGAUAGCUCGAGUCAUACAGAGAACCUCCAACGGAUACAACAUCCACUGGAUGGCAGGCUCCUACUCGGGGCCCUGGGCAGAGGCCAAGAAACGCGAUGGACGCAAACAGGUGCCUUGGGUGGACACUAUUAAGGAGUCAGACAUCAUUUACAAGAAGAUCGCCCUGACCAGCAACCACAAACUGAGCAACAAAGUUGUACAGACUUUACGCUCACUAUACGCCGCACGGGAAGGAGGAGCUAGCUAAUGGCUCCUGUUUUUUUUUUUUUUUUUUUUUUUUUUUGUUUAUUUUAUUUUUGUUUCCUUUGCUCCAUUUCUACUUUAUGAAAAUCCCCACCCACCCUCCCUGCUCCUCCUCCUCAACUUGUCACCUCCAACAACACAGCCAAACUUCACUGGAUUCCUACCUAGCCCCUCUUCUUCCUUGUUUUCUAAAAGAACACGGGAGGGCAAGAAUAUUUGACACUACAUACUUUUACAUGAUGAGUUAUUCUUGCAAAAAUGAUACAAAAGACUUAUAUUAGAGGGACUGCUCAUGGUUUUUUAAUUUUUUUCUUUGUGUACAUGUUCAGUGGAACGAAUCCUGAAGGCAUUAAAGGAAUAAUUCCCCCAAAUUAUCCCUUAAAAGGCUAUCAGAGAAGAGACCUGGAGGGAAAUGUUUUGUCAACAUUGUUGUGGGAGCUCCUUCGCUGUUGUGCAGCAGAUUCUAGUCGCUCAUUUCUACUCCCAGUGUAUCAUAGUUUAACAUUACAAAAAACUAAAAUGUUUAUAUCUCUGAAUACAAAAAAGCUGUAAAAAAAGAAUAAAACCUUAAGUGAAUGUUGGAAAUUAGUCUUUUUGAUGUUCUUAUUAAAUAGUUUUUUGGAGUUUAUUAUACUACUAGCACCCUGAUGUUUUUUUUUUUUUUUCAUUUUAGCUUUUAGACAUUUGAGAGAAAAAACUAAAAAAGUAAAAAAAAAAGACGAAAAUAAGAAUUUUUAUUUUUGUUCACGUUUAUUUGUUCAUGCUGUACAAUGGCAGAGUCCUCUGAAUAUAAUUUAUUCUAUUUCGAACUACGCAUGCAGUAUAUGUGGCCUAUUGCAGGAGGAUAUUUUGUAAAUGUAGAUUUUGUUGUAUUAGGUCACCUUAGUAAUAAGAGGAAAAGGGGACUCAUACCCUUUUGGUGGAACAAAUACUGCAAUAAAUUUUCUACUUCUCUUUGUCA